UUGCAGUUAGUUUCUACAAUCAUGUCGCUUACAACUCUAUUGACACUGGGGCUUUUGGCUCUCAGUGUUUCGUCAGUUAAAGUUAAGCAGCCAGAGAAAAAACCAAAUCUUGAUUGGUGGAAAACCAGCACAGUUUAUCAGAUAUACCCCAGGAGUUUCAAAGACAGCAACGGUGAUGGAAUCGGGGAUUUGAAUGGAAUAACCGACAAGUUAGAACAUAUUCAAGACAUCGGUGCCGAUGCACUAUGGCUAUCGCCAAUCUACUCCAGUCCACAGAAAGAUUUUGGCUACGACAUAUCUAAUUUUACGGACAUCGCCCCAGAGUUUGGUACUUUAGCGGAUUUCGACAAGCUCGUCAAAAAAGCCAAAUCUCUCAAUUUGAAGGUACUACUCGACUUCGUUCCUAAUCACAGCUCCGACGAGCACGAAUGGUUUAAAAAGAGUAUUGAUCGAGUCAAGCCCUACGAUGAUUUUUACAUCUGGAAGGACGGUAAGAAGGAUGCCAAAAACAAAACCGUCCCACCGAAUAACUGGUUGUCGGUGUUUGGUAAGUCUGCUUGGGAAUGGAACGAGAAACGCAAACAGUAUUACUACCACGCUUUUGUACCGGGACAACCAGACUUGAAUUACCGCAAUCCUCAGCUCCAAAAAGCAAUGAGAGAUGUUUUAACUUUCUGGAUAGAUCGUGGAGUAGACGGCUUUCGUGUAGACGCUGUUAACCACAUGUUUGAAGUAGCAGACCUCAAGGACGAGCCCAAGUCAGGAAAUAACGUACCUGAGGAUGACUAUGAGUAUCUAAACCAUAUCUACACCAGGGACUUGAACGAAACUUACGGUGUUGUGGGAUCUUGGCAAAAAUUACUGGACGACUAUGUCGCAAAACACAAAACCGACGGAAAGUUUAUGAUCUUGGAAGCUUACACGUCUAUUACAAAGUCUAUGCAAUUCUACGAAGUUGGCGCGAACCCCUUCAACUUUAUGUUCAUCGCAAGUUUAAACAAUGGUUCGUCAGCCCAAGACUUUAAAAGAUUAAUCAAUGGAUGGAUGAACGCCAUACCAAAGGGCAAGGUAGCUAAUUGGGUAGUGGGUAAUCAUGAUAAUCAUCGGGUGGCCUCGAGAUUUGGCACAGGUAGCGAUAGAGCAGAUCAAAUAAGCAUGUUGUCGGCUGUUUUGCCGGGUAUACUAGUGGUCUAUAACGGUGACGAGAUCGGUAUGGUCGAUCGAUACUUCACCUGGGAGGAAACCGUAGAUCCGGCUGGAUGUAGUGCAGGCCCUGAUAGAUAUCAAAUCAAGUCGAGAGAUCCAGAAAGGACGCCAUUCCAAUGGGAUGCUACUACCAGCGCCGGAUUCUCAACGAAUACCAAAACUUGGCUUCCGGUCAACCAAAAUUACAAGCAGCUUAACUUGGCUGCGCAGAAGAAUGCAACGGUUUCGCACUACAGAGUGUUUAAGGCAUUGUCUAAAUUGAAGAAGACACCCGUACUUCAGAAAGGUGUAACUGAAAUUCUACUUGCAACAAGUGAUGUACUCGCGGUCAUUAGGAAAAUGCCUGGACAAAGAAGUAUUGUACUGCUAAUCAACUUCGCUAAUAAAUCGAUCACUCUGGACGCUAGAACGUGGUUGAAUAUCCCUGAAAAAUUGGAAAUUUACGCGUCUAGUGUCUCUUCUGGAUUGCAAUCCGGACAAACUGUUGAUACAACUUACUUGACCCUACCGAGAGCUGCAUCUAUCAUAUUAUACUAAUAUUUCAUACCCAGAUAACGAAGAUAAUUUAUUGAUUUAAUUGAUGUAAAGAUGCUUAAUACGUUGUUCGAUAUUUGUAUAAAAUAAAUUACUUGCACUUAUACCAUAACAAA